UGUUUAACGUUGGAGCAAUGCAGCUGUACGGGUGCAAAUUACUUUGUGUCAUUUUGACGCUAGUGUGCUUGGCUUCAUCUCAAAAUUCCACUCCUGCAGGUAUGGCAUUUAAAACGUUGUACUAUAGCACUAAGUUUGACUUUGUUAUAAACGCGCUUUUAUAUAUCAAAAGACGAAUCUUGGAAUUCGCUAUUUCCGCCUAUGGAGACAGAAGAAGGAAAUAAAAAUCGCGUUUCUAAUCUGCUUCAAAAAGAACUAGACGUGAUGUGUAACUUGACUGUUUGUAUAUAUUCCGUUUAUAGAUGUAUACUAUAUAAGGCCCCAGUUACACUGGAUUCGUAUCGGGGCGACGUCAAUUUAAAGUGUUUUCCAGUCUUGUCUGCUCUUACAACUUUUCAUAUUUGAAGUUUUUGUUUAAAUAUAUUGUAUUAUCAUAGUUUUAAGUGCCAAAUUCACCUCGAAGCAGUAAAAUUUGAUGUCGCUCCGAUACGAAUCCAGUAUCGAGUAAGUUACUGGAGCCUAAGCCAAUUCUUAAUUUUCACUCAGUUACUGUCCUGCACCAAAUGACGGAUUAUCCGACGCUUAGCGCAUUGAUAGGGUCAUAGGGAUACAACUUCCUAAAAGCACAGACCGUAUUCAACUGUUCCGAUCAUCAUUUGAAUGGUGCAAAAGUUGCUCAAAGAAACAAUUAGUUUCCAUACGGUUGAUUCUUUAUUUUGCUAUACCAAGAAGACAACUAGGAAUAUGCUGGUACAAAAAAUUGCCGUAUUAUUUCUAGAAAUGAAACGCAAAUAAUGAUUGAAUCGCUAAAUAUUUUUGAUAUAUGCGCAUUUUAAUUCUUCCACUUCAAGUCUUAGCUAUCCAUGUUAUAGUUCACUUCAGGCAACUCACAGCUGCAUGUGAUUUAUCCCCGAAUGUGUAGUAGAAAUUCCGAAUUACAGUAGCCUGUAGCAACAAAGACAAUAGUAUAAUUGCCGGUGUAAGCAUAUGGUCAUUUUGUAUCCCCCAGCCGAAGUUUUAUCUUACGUCAACUGUUACGACAUGAUACUGUCUCAUUGUCUGUGAACAGUGUGCCAUAGAAAUAAAAGUUAUUUCAUAGCAUUUGCAUUUUUUGUAUGAAGCAUUUUGCCGCAAAUUACAACGCAAAUUCGGAUACAUAUCGAAUACUAUUUAAUGAAGGUUCGGUCACGCAUAAAUCUGAGCGGGUUUGGCGCUUUCCUCACAAGACAUACUCUUAUAAAGGGUUGAAAAAUAAAAGAAAUAUAUAUCAAGAAAAAUGUCGGCAGAAUAAACAAAACCUUUUAGAUAUGAUUCGAAAUCGUGUAAACAUCUCAGCAUGAUUGCUCAGUUCCGUCGACCUGCAGCUUGCGUGACAGCUGACUGCUUAUCCGACAUACUGAGCUACCCCUUCACUUCAAGCCCUAUAAAUAUUAAAAUCACCAUAAGCAUCAUCCUCGGUCCCAGGGCCUCACGGCUGACACUGCGUUGCCGACGCAGUGUCAGCCAUGCGGCCCUGGAACCGAGGAUGUAAGCAUACGGGACAGGGAGGCAAGGGGCGGGGCAACUGCUCCCAGCCGCAAAAAAAACAACUUUAGAAAACCACGGAAAUUCGGGCAACUGCUGGGAAACUUCAUUUUGAUUUGCUUUAUUCAAACAACUUAUUUCAUGGUUACAGGUCACACACAGAACGAAAAGCGCAUAUUAAAGUAUGAAUAAUGGCGUAGUUUAUUGGUGUUUAAAUUGCAUUUAAAGAUGCUGUAAAGUCCGUUCUGCGCAUCAGUUCUGCUCAUAACAAAGGGGGACCCGCAGAUGUAAACAUUGCCCAAAUUUUGCAUCUUUCGAACUUUUUUGAAUUGAAACGUAGAGUUUAUAUUCAUUUACAAGCAUAGCGAACCAGAAAAGUGUUAGAUAUUCAGUUAGUAUAUCAUAUUUUACAAAUAUACAUUAAAUGCUUACGUCAUGUUAGCCAUGCAUCGGGCGGCAACACGAUAAUUGUUUUUUAAAUUUUUUGUACAAAACUGCAAAAAAUAAAUAAAACACUUUUAAAUACCGAACUAUCAAUUUCUAAAAUAUAUAAAGUAGCUAUAUUAUUUGGCUUUCUAUUUGGGCUUUAUUUUACUGUAAAAUUCAACACGAAACUCUUCGUAAAACAUUUUCAAAUGUGAAUUGAAAUAAACUGCUUUUUGCCGAUAAGCUCUUCAACUCGAGCUGCAACUUAUUACUCGCACUUUGAAAUGAAAUAAAUUUAAUUCGUACAGGACGCUAAUGAAAAUAAUUUGCUUUCUUUCCGUUUAUCAUGAACUUCUACAAACUUAAUUUAAAGUCAUAACAAUUAGCCUUUCUCACGCCGCCAUUUUUGGGGUACCGUUUUGCCAAUCCUGCGAGCGUAACACCACAUUACGGCGACAUUUUAUAAUUUUGUGGGUGUAUGAUGGUAAAUUUACUCUGUAAAUAGUUAGUUUGUUCUGAAAUACUGCUUUUCACAUUGUUAUAAUCGUUUACGAAAAAUUACACGGUACCCAAAAAAUGGCGGCGUGAGAAAGGCUAAUUGAAACAAACUUGGCUUAUACUCUAGGAUUUCUCAUAUUACUAAUUCUUAAUUAAUGUUUACGUUUAAAAAUUGAAAAAAAGUUUUACAAUUUGUUAUGUGAAACGAUUUUCCAAGCUUUCAUACAUGUUUUUUUAUGUUUUUGCCUCCUUCACUCCUGGUAAACAGCCAUAUUUUGAGAUCAGUGAGAUGGCCACCCAUACAUCGAUUAUUGAUGAACUUUAGACUUCGCUAAUACGCCUUCCUUUCCCCGGGCGGAAUUAGUAACCUCGCUUUUCCCAUUAUGACAAAAUCUAUGACGUCAUUUCCAAGCGGGAGCGUCCCAGUGUCCCAUGUCCCUAAAUUCUACUCUUCAGUAUUUCAUAUCGCUAUCAUUGGAAAAAAUAGUGAAAUGUUUGCAAUUCACAUUACUAAAUAUCCGGCAUAUUAAAUUAGUAUUUAUAUUUCCACAUUAUUUCCAACAAAGAUCCAUGCUACUUCCAUAGUAAGGAUUUUGAAAAUUCCAAUGUAUGACUUUUUCAUUCCAAUACCCCCAUAAUGGGGCACCUAUACAGUAAUUACAUAGAUAAAGUUAGUGCAUCUAAAAGGAAAAAAAAAGAAAAGAAAAAAAUUAAAAAAAAAAAGAAAAAAAAAGCCUUCUGGUCGUUACUAAAAAGAAAAUUAUUACAUUUAAAUGAGACUUAGAGAAAGUUCGUUUCUGAUCAUAUUGAAGUACAUAGAUAGACUUGACUAUUUAUUGCACUUUUGGCCUGGUUGGCACAUAAAGGUUAUAUCCCGAUGUUUCGUCCAAAAAAGUUCUUUUUGAUUUUGAGCCCAACCACAGGGGUACACGUUAAACCUACUUGUGCACGAAACAUUGUGGAAUUAACCCACGUGAAAACGAGACCAUUGCGACAACGGUAAAGUUGUAACUAUUAUUUCCGUUUUGCCUUGUUCAAACGAGAGAGCUGACGAACUCUGAUCGACUCUCGUCAACUCUGAACUGGUUGAGUUGAUCUCAGCGAUCGUCAAGGGUGGGUAGUAGCGAUCAUGAGAAGCAGUUGUAGUUCGCUACUGUAGCGAACUACAAUUUUCAAGUAGCCAGUGGUUUUUGACUACUUUUUUAAAACAGUAGCUGUAGUUAUAGCGAACUACAUUUUGCCUAAAAGUAGCCAAGUAGUUGACUACUUUUCAAACAGCAAAUCGCUAUUCGUCACUUUUUAAAAUUGUUAGCAACUUGAUAGAAUAACAUGAUAUUGAAACACGGUUUGCUUAAAACAUAGUUAAUGUAGAAGACCAAUCAAUACUCAAUAGUCAAUUUGCACUCUUGAUCACUGUAGUGCUUACAAAAAUGUUGCUUUGUGUUUACUGUUGCUACUCGUAAGUCGAUUUGUUAUAGGUUAUAUUUCAGCCUGAGUUAGUAGAUGCUCCAAAUAGAGUAAAACUAACAAAUAUAGCGUAGCGAAAUAGCGAAAUAGUUCGCUACAUUUUUUAAACAGUGGUUGUAGUCAGUAGCGAACUACCUUUGUUCAAAAGUAGCAGUAGUAGUUGUAGCUGACUACAUAUUUUUGAAGUAGCUGUAGUUAUAGCGAACUACAAAAAAUUUGUAGUUAACCUACCCUUGCUUGGCGAUCGUCCGUGAUCCUGGAGAACUGAUGAGAGUUGACGGUCAUGCACGCAUAGUUACUAAUGACAUUUCGAGCUCUAGAUUACCAAAAUGAAGGUUUGACGAGCGCUCUAAUUACGUUUCUAUUUAAAUUGAAUAUACAUGCAUGAUUCAUAAUGUUGGAAAGGCAUUAAGAACAGCAAAGCAAUGUCUCGUGCCUGCCAUCAGGCUCUCAUGCAUAUUCGUUUGAUCUGCAGGACUUGAGAGGUAAUACCCAGUCAACCUCUCAUCAACUCUCAUAUAUAACUCUUGUUCUCGUAUGACUGAGGCGUGAGAGUUGAGGAAACCCUCAUGCAAACUUUCACUUCUCAACUCUCAUUCCCGUUUGACCACGGCUUUAUUGACUCGUUUUAAUUUUUAUUUUUUUAAUUGCUUUUCAUCUACUCAAAUGACAAGUUUCAACUAGUUUCAACAAGUUUCAACUAAGUUUCGACCUACUGAAAUCUAACCCUGACAAUAUCACGUGUUAUUCGUUAAUGACAUAUUUCAGAAGAAUACUUUAAAAACAGAAAUUUUGAAGUAAAUCAUUGAAGAAAACGUUGACCUUAUAGCCCUUAUAUAAUUCUCUGUAAUAUUUGAUUUUCUUUUACUAAUAUAUAAUCUAUAAUCUAAUGUUGGAUAUUCCUCUUCAGUGAAGACAGCAGUUUACGGUACGACCUCGCCAUGGCCAACGGGCAAGGCUAUCACAAUGCCAACUACUUUGUGUAAGUACAUUUCAAGGUAUUCGUAAUCUUAUCCAAACUAUUAAAAUACUAACGCAAACCCCUUGCUUUAGCCGAUAAAAAUGUUAUAAACGCCUCGGUGUAGUUUAGUGUGAAACUCAUUAACAGUUCAUGAGGGGAAUUCAAAAGAAAUAGUCAACUAGUUUCAACUAAGUUUCGACCUACUGAAAUCUAAACCUUUCAAUAUCACGUUAUUCGUUAAUGACAUUUUCCAGAAGAAUACUUUAAAAACAGAAAUUUUGAAGCAAAUCUUUGAAGAAAACGUUGAUCUUAUAUAAUCCUCUGUAAUAUUUAAUUUUCUUUUACUUAUGUAUCUAUAAUCUAAUGUUGCAUAUUCCUCUUCAGUGAAGACAGCAGUUUACGGUACGACCCCGCCAUGGCCAAUAACACCAACUACUUUGUGUAAGUACAUUUCAAAUAUUCGUAAUCUUAUCUAAACUGUUGAAAUACUAACGCAAACCCCUGGCAUGCAUGCCCGAAAAAUCUGACUUGACAUGACAUGUCCUAGCCGAUAAAGAUGAGUCUCUGUAUAAUUUAAUGUGAAACACAUUUGAGGGGAAUUCAAAAGAAAUCAAUGGCGUUGUAUCACCAUACACACAAAAUUUUCUUGAUUUGCAUAAGCUUUUUGCGUUGUUGAGAGUUUAAUGAGAAAACUUUCAUGCAAACUCUUUCUACUCAACUUUCACCAACUCUGUCUCUCAUUUGAACCGGGCUUUAUUUUCCUUUAGUAAAUCCAAGAAUCGUGGACGUAACAGCAAGUUCCAACACACUUUUUGACGACAUCUAUUUAAAGUGUGUAGUUCAGGGAAAUCCUUCCCCUAAUGUUUGGUGGACUAAAAACGGGCGCUAUAUACAAGGUUACAACAUCGAGUUUCAAGAUAACAACAGAACUCUUAUUAUCACGAGGGCAGCAUCUGACGACGUUGGAACGUAUUACUGCCACGCAAGAAACAAAGUGUCUUAUGUGAAUGCACCUUUUGUACUCAACUUGACAUGUAAGGUUUUUAUCUUUCACUCUGUAGUUAUUGAAAUUUUAUUUCGGACCGAAAAACUGACUGAGCACUCAGAGAGUAUUAUUAAAAAUUAUUGGAUAAGGUUUUUGUGAUAUGCGGAAUGAUCAAGCUCGAGGUAUAGGCGUUAUCAGCCAAACCGAAGGCGAGGCUGAUAACGCUUACCGAGACCUUGAUAAUUUUGCAUAUCGCAGGGACAGAAUUCAAUAAUUGUUUUAUUAUACAUUUGUUUGUGUUAAAUAGAUACCGCUUGCUAAUCAUCGCAGGCUCAUUUGCAGAUCACUCAGUUAUCUGCUAGUAAAUAACUGAAUUUUGUGUAGAUUGCGUGAUUGCGCGAUUUAACUGUAAGCUCUUAGCCAACCAAAUUGCUUUUACAACUAAGUUACUACGUGUCCUCUAAUUGGCCAAUAGCUUACAGCUAACUGAAUAUGUCAAUCGCGAAACCUACACAUAACAUAGUUAUUUGCUAGCAGAUAACUGAGUUAUGUGUACGUUAAGCCAGCGGUAUGUAAUUUUAUAACAAGCGCGGCAGUUUUAAAUUCACGAAUAAAAACAAGAAAAACAACAUGUACGAACGGCAUUUUGGUCAAUGUUUUUGUGGAAAAAGUAGGCAUUUUCUAUUAUUUUAUGCUAUUAUCGCAAUAUUUAAAUCGUUGCCACGGCUUUUUUUGAGAACCAAACGUUGUUUUGUGCCACACUGGAUCAUUGUUUGUCGAAAGAGUUAAUGAAAUGCCAUCGUCUUCGGCUCGACUAAUAACACUUACUUCCACCUUGAUAAUUCUGGAUGUCACAAAAACUUCAUCACCAAUCACUGUUUAUUAACACUGCAACAAUUUUGGCGCGGCACAACUAAAUGUUAGGCAUGGUGGAUUAUACAGAUUCUACAAUUGAUCGAUAAUAUAAAAAAAGUAAAAAGGGAUGAAAUUAUGGAAAUGUCUUUCUAAAAAAGAAGUCAGAAACAUAAACCGAUCAUCACUUUUAUUUUAGCAAUCAAUCAAAGAUCAUGUUCGUGUCAGAUUUUUAUUCGGCCCCGUUGGUUUUGGGUUCUUGCUUGCUUGUUGUGUUGUGUUUUGUCGUUUUAUUUUCAUCUUUACCUCAGAUAACAUCAACUGCUUUGCCCAGCAACAGCCCAACACUAGGCAAAAUAUACUUGAGUAUCAUAUCAUUCUGUUUAAACUUUGGGGGGGGGGGGAAGGGGUGUCACACCCCACUCCUACCCCACUACAUUUGCGCCCCUGUAGAUUGUACAAUGUAUUGUAGAUCUAGAAUACAAAUUCUCCUCAAUGUCAACUUAAUAAUUAUUUCACUGAAAUGUUUUGAAGUCAAUAUAAGCAAUAGAUGAAAUGUUUUAUGUGUUAUACUAUUUUUAUUAUAUCAGUUGUUACUUUUGGGUAUAAUUAUCGAUCAUGUUAAUUGUGAUUUUUGUAGAUCCUCUUAAUACUUUUAUCUAUACACCGAAUGAUUAUGUUGAAUUGUACAAUGGAGAAAAGGAUGUUGACAUUCGCUGUUUUGGUGCAGGGUAUCCUAACGUACGAGUGACUUGGAAAAGAAAUGGAGUUGAAAUUUUGGAAUUCUCAAACUCUUCUCUAAAUACCAGGGUGUAUCAGGAAAGACUAAAAUUAGGGCUUACUUCUGCCGAAAGUGAUCUCUCUUUCAAAGAAUUCUACUGCAACGAUACAGGGAUUUAUACAUGCGAAACCUCCAGGGACGGAUCUGAUUACGUUGCUGCAAAAUCUAUUGAAUUGAAAUGUAAGUAAAUGAUAUGUAUACUUACCUUGAUGGUUUGUAUGAAUCGGACUUUCAUUUACUGUCACAUUGCAACGCCAAAUAUGGAUACUUUAAUAUAACCUCGUUCUCAGGCUCUUACCUUUUGUUGAGGCAAGACCCUGGUAGGAGCUGGUCACGUGAGAUAAUGAUGAUGUUGAUGAAUAUUUGAUAUUUAUACUUUAAUUUAUAACUUUCAUUUUGUUUUGCAAGUUUGAUUUGAUUCUAGAGGAAUCCAAGAUAGUUAAUUAGAAACUUGCUAGAUUUUAGCAGAUCACGUGAGCAGCUCCUAACAGGGUCUUUCCUCCACAAGAGGUAAGAGCCUGGGACCGAGCUUGACAAUAAUAUGUUAUGACUGAGCGUGGAAUGAAAUUUGCGCAUCCACUCUGUGGACUAUAAAAGCCCAAUAUUUUCAAUUAUAAACAAAUCCAAUUUAACUUAUUAUUUUUUGAGGUAAGCUACAGUCACAGUGUAGAUCCGUCUCAUCCAAAAACCCGUAGCCGCCGCCAAACCGCCAUGAUUUACAAUUAUUUGCCAUCGACAUGCGCUCGCGAUGUUCCUAACCAAUGCGCUCAUGGUCGAGAAGCAUUCAUCCCCCUGAGCGUCCGCCAUUUUGAACGCUUUCAAGGGGCGUGUGCCUGUAGGUUAGGUAAAUUUGGAUGGCAUUACCACGCAAGUUCUGCUGAUUUAGACAACGAUAACGAACGUGUACAUGCAACAUGGUUCAUAAAUUUCUGGAUGCUGGACAUUAAUAAAUUCAGCCUCUUGUCGACGUUUGCGUUCCGUCUGUUCCUUUAAUUGUUUUUAUCGAGAAGAUCAGCGGAAAUAUCCACUAAUUAUGGCGUACUUCAUGAGUGCUGAACAUUGCGCAGUUAAAUUGCGCGUAGGCGUGUAGCAGUUUAAUGGCGUGUAUGUAUUUACGGAAUAAUCUGUUAUUAGGCUGCAGGAAAAUCUGUUAUUGCUACUUUGAUUUAAAUCCGCAUAAAUGACACCAGGGAAAUUUUCAUACCAUUGUUUAAAAUCUUUAAAUAGGUAAUUCGAGUGAUUCCAGUCAGUCGACUCUGUUUACCCCAUUGUCACCGACUACCAUUGUACCAAAACCUACACGUUCUUUGAGCUUGUCUUCGGGUAAGUACAUAGUUUGAAAUAUAGUUAAUAUUACAAGUCACAAUACGGAACACCUCUUUCCGAAGAAUUGUUAUAACUUAUAAUCUUUCACGAAGUAUAUAUGAGUUCGAAACAUAGCAAAUCAAUUAAACUUGCCGAAGCAUCAUAUACAGCCAAUUAAAAAAGGGUUGUCUUUUGCAAACCUUAAAGUCUAGAGACCUGGACCUAGAGUUACUGCUGAGGGAGCCAAUCAGAAUGCUAAAAGGCCAGUUUUCAAUACUGAAAUUAUGGUAAAUACUAAUAAUUGCAUGCUCAGCUGGCUAUAUUAUCAUUGCGGCAAGGUUGAAAUAUAUUUCCUGUUUUUUACGUGGCACUAGCUGCCAUUGCCUUAACCAAUAUUAUCAAAUUAUAGUAGUGAACUGUGAAUUCGAAGUACUUUGGGCUUCUACAGUGUCGCAGUUUUGAGCUUGCCUACGUGAUUUUCAAAGCAAAAUAACGCUUGACCGGCUUCACCGUCGCAUAUCUGUUGUAAUUGCUCUUUUGUCAAUACGAUAAUCAAUUAGCAAGAAUCUUCACUAAUUUUUUAGUUACACAUGUUGAAAAACAGCCUCGAUCUUAUAAUUCUUCCGUAAUAUUCGAUUUUUAUCUACUUAGUAUGAAAUCUAACGCUUGAUUUUUUCAGUGUUGCGAACUCUCCCUUUUGCGGAGUCUCUAGGCCUAUCGCGGACCCAGCUAACGAGCACGGUUAUCAAUUCUACCAUAACGCCAACAGACCCAAGUAAUUUCUGUAAGUAUGCAAAAAUAAUGUACAUUAUUUUUU